ACCGGGAAGCGAUACUGCACUGUAUAUUAAAGACCGACACCACAUGCCGUUUACCAUAAUAUUGACAGAGCAUCAGAGAGAGUUUGAGUGAACGUAAGUGUGAACGAGAAGAGUAAAAUCGAUCGCAUUUGAGGAGCGCACAUCAAUUUAUUUUCAUACAGAUGAUUACUUCAGACACGAGGGAAGAGAACUCUAUAAUUAUGAAACUGCUAGCCGUGCUUAUGCUGGUGGCCACCAGCGUGUUAGCUGAGGAGAACGAUACGAAGGAGAGCGUGGGGACUGUGGUGGGAAUCGACUUAGGAACAACCUACUCAUGUGUGGGCGUGUUCAAGAAUGGCCGCGUGGAGAUCAUCCCUAACGACCAGGGCAACCGUAUCACUCCUUCUUAUGUAGCCUUCACUGCAGAAGGGGAGCGUCUGAUUGGUGAUGCCGCCAAGAAUCAGCUGACCUCCAAUCCUGAGAACACAGUGUUUGAUGCCAAGCGGCUGAUUGGCCGUGCCUGGUCUGACUCCAGCGUUCAGGAGAACAUCAAAUAUCUGCCUUUCAAGGUGAUGGAGAAGAAGAGCAAGCCUCACAUCCAGAUGGACAUCGGUGGUGGCCAGAUUAAGACCUUCACUCCGGAGGAAAUUUCCGCUAUGGUCCUCACUAAGAUGAAGGAGACGGCAGAGGCUUACCUGGGAAAGAAGGUCACUCAUGCCGUGGUCACGGUUCCUGCCUACUUUAACGAUGCCCAGCGCCAGGCCACCAAGGACGCGGGCGUGAUCGCCGGGCUGAACGUGAUCAGGAUCAUCAAUGAGCCAACUGCUGCUGCUAUCGCCUACGGCAUGGACAAGCGAGAUGACGAGAAGAACAUCUUGGUGUUUGACCUGGGUGGUGGCACCUUCGACGUAUCCCUGCUGACCAUUGACAAUGGUGUCUUUGAGGUGGUGGCCACGAAUGGGGACACCCAUCUGGGUGGCGAGGACUUUGACCAACGUGUCAUGGAGCACUUCAUCAAGCUCUACAAGAAGAAGACGGGCAAAGACGUACGCAAGGACAACCGCGCCAUGCAGAAGCUGCGGCGAGAGGUGGAGAAAGCCAAGCGCACCCUGUCUACACAACAUCAGGCUCGCAUCGAAAUCGAGUCCUUCUUCGAGGGCGAGGAUUUCUCGGAAAUGCUCACCCGAGCCAAGUUUGAGGAACUCAACAUGGAUUUGUUCCGUUCAACCAUGAAGCCCGUACAGAAGGUUCUGGAGGACGCUGACCUGAAGAAGUCGGACAUCAACGAGAUUGUGCUAGUGGGAGGCUCCACCCGCAUCCCCAAGAUCCAGCAGCUGGUGAAGGAGUUCUUCAACGGGAAGGAGCCGUCCCGCGGCAUCAACCCCGACGAGGCUGUGGCCUACGGUGCGGCCGUGCAGGCGGGGGUGCUGUCCGGAGAGGACCCAGGUAGAGUACUCCUGCUGGAUGUAUGCCCCCUGACCCUGGGCAUUGAGACCACCGGGGGUGUCAUGACCAAGCUGAUUCCCAGGAACAACGUGGUGCCAGCUAAGAAGUCCCAAAUCUUCUCGACAGCCUCCGACAACCAGCCCACUGUCACCAUCAAAGUCUUUGAAGGAGAGCGCCCCCUGACCAAAGACAACAACCUGUUGGGCACCUUCGACCUGACGGGGAUCCCACCCUCCCCACGUGGGGUCCCCCAGAUCGACGUGACCUUCGAGAUUGACGUAAACGGGAUCUUGCGGGUGACAGCGGAGGACAAGGGCACGGGCAACAAGAAUACGAUCACCAUCACCAACGACCAGAACCGGCUGACCUCUGAGGACAUCGAGCGCAUGGUGAACGACGCGGAGCGCUUCGCCGAUGAGGACAGGAAGCUGAAGGACCGCAUCGACGCCCGCAACCAGCUGGAGAGCUACGCCUACUCGCUCAAGAACCAGGCCGGGGACCAGGAGAAGCUGGGCGGAAAGCUGUCCGAAGAGGACAAGGAGACCCUCGAGAAGGUGGUGAACGAGAAGAUCGAGUGGCUGGAGUCACACCAGGACGCCGAGCUGGAGGACUUCCAAGCCCAGAAGAAGGAGCUGGAGGAGGUAGUAAAUCCGGUCAUCGGAAAACUCUAUGGUGGAGUGGGCAGACCACCACCAGGGGCAGAGCAGGACGACCAUCAGGAUGAGAGGGAUGAACUGUAGGCCCUUCAAAGGGCUUUACAUCUUCCCCUUUUCUCUCGCACGCUCUCUCUCUCCUCUGCUCUUGUCGGACAGUUUUACGUAUUUAACUCAAUGAACUCUGUUGAGAAGAAAAAAAAAAUAAUGGGGGUUGGGUGUGGAAACUCACUGUCCCCAAAUCUUCUGCCAAGCACUGUAAAGUAAAAAUAAGUUAAAAG